AUGACUACGUUUUGGAGACAAGCCGUCGAGACAAUUAGUACCAGACAGUUUGUUAGAGGGUUACGUACACAUGCAUUGGCACAUUUGAAAAGAGAUGCUCCUUUAGAAGGACUGAUGAGUGCUCAGGGUUUACGUACGGCAUGGUUUGAUAGGAGUGAAGAUUAUGUGAGUCGAUUGAAUCAACUAACCAAAAAUAAUGCAGAAUUACAAGAGAUGGCUCCCGAACAACUAGUGACUACUCAUGCAAAAUCAGCUAAUAAGAAAGAUAUAGUGACAUAUGCAUCGUUAUUAUAUAAUUUAGAGUUUGCGAUGUCCUCAUUGCAAGGUACAACAAAGAAAAUGAUGGGAUUGGGAGAGAAACCGGGAAGUGAAGCAUUAUUAAGAACCCCUGAUGCUUCAGUUUCAUUUACUAACGAACCUCAAACUACUGGUAAUCAUUUACUACAACAGGAAUUGGUUUCUUCGUUUAGAUCGUUAGUAGAAUUCAGAACGUUAUUAUUAAACUCUAAUCUUGCAAUCUCCGGAGAUGGGUUCACAUGGUUAAUUGCUAGAAAAUACAAAAAUACAUUUGGUAAUACUAGUGAUCCAAUGUCUGCCACUGCAGGUUCCAAUAUUCAAUACGAUAAAUUGUUUAUAAUGAAUACUUAUAACGCGGGUUCACCAUUUAAUUUCGACAGAAGUGGUCUUAUGGAUCAAUUGAAAAAAGAACAUUUACAAUCUCAGUCUCAAUCUCAAACACAAACGAUCGAUAAUGAAGUCUCUUUGUUAGAACGUGCAAGACGGACUGCAUACGAUAACGACACUGUAUAUAUCCCAUUAUUAGCUAUCGAUGCAUCCCCAAAAGCCUGGUUAACUGAUUACGGAGUUUUCGGUAAACAAGAGUACCUUGACAGAGUAUGGGAAUCUAUUGAUUGGAGGGUUGUUGAACAAAGGCUCCCAAAAAAAUCUGCUAUUGUAUAUAAUUAA